AUGGCGUUCGAUCAUCGACUCACUAGCAUCGAUGCCACUAUUCUCACCAUCGGUGAUCUCAAAGAAAAGGCAGGCAAGGCACUGCCUAGUCCUGUGAGAGACUAUUAUAAUAAGGGCUCCAUGGAUCUCUUGACUGUCGUGGACAAUAAGGCAGCCUUUGACCAGUACAAGUUAAGACCACGCAACCUGAAAGAUGUAUCAGCCCUAGACACCUCUACGACCUUCCUGGGCACAAAGGUUACAUUCCCUUAUGGAUUCUCACCCAGCGGCCAGCAUCAACUAGCUCAUCCAGAUAGAGAGGUGGCCACAUCCAAAGGUGCGGCCAUGAAUAACAUCCCAAUGGUUCUGUCGACCUACACCUCAAAGUCACCUGAGGAUAUCAUAGCCCAGGGGACGGGGAACCCUUAUAUGAUGUACAUCUGUUUCUUCAAGGAUCGCAGCAAAACUCUUGAGAUUAUCAAGCGAGCCGAAGCCGCUAGAUUCAAGGCCAUCAUUAUCUCUAUCGACGUUACCGCACUAGGUCUCCGACUAAAUGAGUACCGCAACAACUUCAAGCUGCCCCCUAGAGUCACCAAUGUCUUGAUUGCAGACCCAACCGAGGCCCAGAAGAAGCGCCCAGAGUGGGAUCCAUCCAUCACUUGGGAAGAUUCUAUCAAUCCAGUCCUCAACCCUGAUGGUAUUAGCUUGGCCAUCCAGCAUGGAGUUGACGGAAUCCUCAUCUCCAACCACGGAGGUCAUCAGCUCGAUGGCGUCCCAGCGACACUAGAUGCCUUGCGCGAGUGCGCACCAGUGGCCAAGAACAAGAUCAAGCUUGCCAUUGACGGCGGAAUCAGGCGAGGAUCCGACAUUUUCAAGGCCCUUGCUUUGGGCGCCGACUUCUGCCUGGCUGGCCGACCUCCGUUAUGGGGGCUUGCUUAUAAUGGAGCUGACGGUGUUGACUUGUCGGUCAAGAUUCUCCUUCGGGAGUUCCGAACGUGCAUGGCACUCUGCGGUUGCAAGACGGUCGAUGAGAUCUCCAGUGCUCAUCUAUCAACACUGAGCCUAGAUGGCAGGCUUAGUCGCCUUUAA